AUGUUAUCACUUAGCAGUUAUCUGCAUCCGGUGACUGCUACUGAUUUCAAACUUAUCAAUAAGAAACUGGUGUUACUUACCCUGGUCGUGGCUUCCCUGGCCGUGAAGACUUUCUCUAGUCCAGGUGGCCGAGGAAGAGGUGGUGGUGGUGGUGGGGGUGCCUAUGGAGGUGGGGGUCGUGGGGGUGGCGGGGGUGGUGGUGGAGGCUAUGGCGGUGGCUUUUCAGGCAGCGGUUUCGGUUUCGGAGGCAGAGGUGGCGGAGGCGCCUUCUUUGGUGGAGGUGGCUCAGGUGGUGGUGGUGGCGGUGGCGGCGGUGGCGGCUAUGGAAGCGGCAGCCUCGGUGGUGGUUUUGGAGGUGGCGGCGGCGGCGGCGGCGGCUAUGGUGGUGGAGGAAGUUAUGCCUCCUCCGCCACCCCUGCCACCACCACCAUAUCCGCCACCGCUGCCCACCACCCAAAGCCUCCCACCGCCGCCACCCGAACCACCUCCAAACCCGCCACCAGAGCUUCCUCCAUAGCUGCCGCCGCCCCACCAAAGCUUCCGCCUCCAAAGAAGGCGCCUCCACCACCUCCAUGGCCUCCGCGGAUGAAACUGCUGCUUGACGAACCACCGCUAUAA